AUGUACAGACUCCUCCAGCUUCUCGGCCUUCUCCCAGCCGCCUUUGCUGCACCGCACUUCUCUUCACUGGCUCGACGUCAAGCCAGCCAGCUCAUCUCCGACAAAUGGCUCGUGAAGACCAAGAGCGGUUCCGACUUUUCUAACGUCCUAGCUGAGGUUGCCGAUGUGCUUGGUCUUAGCGAGUUCAAGCCAGAGAAGGAAUUCCACAUUGGCGAUCUGAACGGGUUCACUCUUGCAGGCUCCAAGCAGCUCGCAGAUUCAAUCUUGGCCCUAGACUCUAUUGAAGGCCUGCAGCAAGAUCAGCGUGUCGAGGUUGAUGCCAUAGUGUCACAGGAGAAUGCGCCAUAUGGACUUGGAAGGAUCUCUAGCCGCACGCCAGGCAGCUCGACGUAUAGGUUUGAUGAUUCCGCUGGAUCAGACACAUUCGUUUAUGUGAUUGAUACGGGCAUCAAUGCCGAGCACAUCGACUUCGGUGGCCGCGUCUCUUUUGGCUUCAGCGCUAUCGCAAAUGAGCCCAACACUGACCUUAACGGCCAUGGUACCCAUUGUGCCGGCACUGCCGCUGGUACCCAGUACGGUGUUGCAAAGAAUGCAUCCAUUGUCGACGUCAAAGUCAUUGACCAAACCGGAGGCGGGCCACUCUCCAACAUUGUCGUUGGUCUGGACUGGAUUCUCAACGACAUUACGUCCAAGAGUCGUUUCGGCAAAUCAGUAGUCAGCAUGUCUCUAGGCGCGGUGACUAUCUUUGGCGGUACCAACUUGCUCGAAGAAGCUGCCGCUGCGCUUGUCAAUGCUGGAGUCUUCGUGUCAGUAGCAGCGGGCAACUUCAACAUUCCUGUAGAGCUCAUGGCACCGGCUAAUGUUCCGGUUGUGUGCUCCGUUGGAGCUACGGACGCGAAGGACGCCCGAGCUGGUUUCUCUAACUAUGGGGCAGGGAUUGAUAUCCAUGCUCCAGGUGUCGAUAUCCAGUCCGCUUGGAUUGGGGGCAUUGAUGCUACUAACACCAUCAGUGGGACGAGCAUGGCAGCGCCUCAUGUUGCUGGACUCGGAGCGUACUUGCUUGCUUUGGAAGGGGAUCGAAGCGGUUCUGAGCUGUGCAACCGCAUUAUCGACCUCUCCACGAAGGAUGUGAUUACGGAUGUGUCAGGAAGCCCAAACAGGCUUGCGUUCAAUGGCGUAGCAUAA